GAGCAGAGCGCCCAGGAGUCUACAGGCCGGCUCUGCCUGCACACAGGAAGAUGAAGCUCUCUGCAGCAGCCCUCCUCUUCCUCUUCUUGGCAGCAGCCCUGGCCGAUGAACUCCAGGUUUCGCAGGAUACCGCCGUGCACAAUGCUGCUGACUGCUGCUUCAGCCUCAGCACACAAAGAAUCCGAUGUAGGAACAUGAAGGAUUACUCUGAGACCAGUGGGUGCUCCCUGGAUGCUGUCAUCUUCCUCAACAAGAAAGGGAAGAAGAUCUGUACAGAUCCACGUGAAGAAAAAGUUUUGAAUUGCAUGAAAGACCUGAAAUUAAGGAAGGAAAGAUCAAGGAAACAGACUUGACUGAAAAGAAGGCUGCCGAUGCCUCACCUUGCCUCCACCUCUCACCUGACUGCUUCCUGGGAGUUUCUUAAACUGAUUUACUUUUUUGAAAGCAGCAAUUACUAUUCUGUUCUGGCU